GACUUUUGGAGCUGGUUGCAUCUCUAUUCUCUUCGUGCCCUUGAGGAGGUUUGUUUAGGCAGAGCAGGUAUAAAAACGCACCCCCUCUUGGCCUCAUCUCACUUCAAAGAGAUCAGAACCCCUUUUAAACCGUAGCCUUGUUGCGGGUUGUGGCAGGAUUGUGUGUUCUGCCGCCUGUCCCUCCCCUCAUCUCACCUCCCCCACGCCCAAUCCCCAACCCUCUAGUAUUAGUGAUGUACUAGGACUACUUUCCUAGGGGAUUGUAAUAACUCAUUCAAUGAAUCUUUGAUAUAAACUCUUCUAUCUCCUCUUCAUUCAAGUUCUCUCCAUCCCUUCUGCUGGGAAACUCUUUUUGUUUCUUUACCAAGUAGUUCGCGUAUAUAUAUAAUAUAUAUAUAUACGGGGAUAGCUCUAGCGGCGGUGAGGAGGCGAGGCAGCGACACCAGUCAUGGGUGGCGACAAGGCUAUCAGUCUUGAAGAGAUCAAGAAUGAGACCGUCGAUUUGGAAAAAAUACCCAUCGAGGAAGUGUUUGAGCAGUUAAAAUGUACCAGGGAAGGUUUAUCUUCAGAGGAAGGAGCCAACAGAUUGCAAAUCUUUGGCCCCAACAAAUUGGAAGAGAAAAAGGAAAGCAAGAUACUCAAGUUCCUUGGUUUUAUGUGGAAUCCACUUUCGUGGGUCAUGGAAGCUGCUGCUAUCAUGGCUAUUGCACUGGCAAACGGAGGUGGUAAGGACCCUGAUUGGCAGGAUUUUGUUGGUAUUGUGUGCUUGCUCGUUAUCAACUCCACUAUCAGUUUCAUUGAAGAGAACAAUGCUGGAAAUGCUGCUGCAGCUCUUAUGGCUGGUCUUGCUCCAAAAACUAAGGUGCUUAGAGAUGGCCGAUGGAGUGAGCAGGACGCAGCUAUUCUGGUUCCUGGAGAUAUUAUAAGCAUAAAAUUGGGGGAUAUCAUCCCUGCUGAUGCUCGUCUUCUCGAAGGUGAUCCCUUGAAGGUGGAUCAAUCUGCCCUUACUGGAGAGUCCCUUCCUGUUACAAGGAAUCCAGGUGAAGAAGUUUUCUCUGGUUCAACAUGCAAACAAGGGGAGAUUGAAGCUGUAGUUAUUGCUACUGGUGUCCACACUUUCUUUGGCAAGGCAGCACAUCUUGUGGACAGCACCAACCAAGUUGGGCAUUUCCAGAAAGUGCUAACCGCCAUUGGAAACUUCUGCAUCUGCUCCAUUGCCGUGGGAAUGUUGAUUGAGUUAAUUGUCAUGUACCCCAUUCAACACAGAAAAUAUAGAGACGGAAUUGACAAUCUCCUUGUUCUCUUAAUCGGAGGCAUUCCCAUUGCUAUGCCCACUGUCUUGUCUGUUACAAUGGCUAUUGGAUCACACAGGCUAUCUCAACAGGGUGCAAUUACAAAAAGAAUGACUGCCAUUGAGGAAAUGGCUGGCAUGGAUGUCCUCUGCAGUGACAAGACAGGAACUUUGACUCUUAACAAGCUUACUGUUGACAAAAACUUAAUCGAGGCAUUUGCAAAGGGAGUAGACAAAGAGCAUGUCCUACUUUUGGCUGCAAGGGCUUCUAGAGUAGAAAAUCAGGAUGCAAUUGAUGCUGCCAUUGUAGGGACGCUUGCUGAUCCAAAGGAGGCACGAGCUGGUAUCAGAGAAGUCCAUUUCUUGCCCUUUAACCCUGUGGACAAGAGAACUGCUUUGACUUAUAUUGAUGCCGAGGGCAACUGGCAUAGAGCUAGCAAGGGAGCCCCAGAGCAGAUUCUAACUCUCUGCAAUGCAAGUGAAGACUUUAAAAGGAAGGUUCAUGCUAUCAUAGAUAAGUUUGCUGAACGUGGGUUGCGAUCAUUAGCUGUUGCAAGACAGGAAGUGCCUGCAAAAUCAAAAGACAGUCCUGGUGGUCCAUGGCAAUUUGUGGGUUUGCUAUCCCUCUUUGAUCCUCCAAGACAUGAUAGUGCCGAGACAAUCCGCAGGGCCCUUAAUCUUGGUGUAAAUGUCAAGAUGAUUACAGGUGAUCAACUUGCUAUUGGAAAGGAGACUGGACGGAGACUUGGAAUGGGAACAAACAUGUAUCCUUCUGCUUCUCUACUCGGUCAACACAAAGAUGAGUCCAUUGCUGGCCUUCCUGUUGAAGAGUUGAUCGAGAAGGCUGAUGGAUUUGCUGGAGUAUUUCCGGAGCACAAAUAUGAAAUAGUGAAGAAGUUGCAGGAGAGGAAGCAUAUUGUUGGGAUGACUGGAGAUGGAGUAAAUGAUGCCCCUGCAUUGAAGAAGGCAGACAUUGGAAUUGCAGUUGCAGAUGCUACUGAUGCUGCAAGAAGUGCUUCUGAUAUUGUGCUUACUGAACCUGGUCUAAGUGUUAUCAUAAGUGCUGUUUUGACUAGUAGAGCUAUUUUCCAGAGAAUGAAGAAUUACACGAUAUAUGCAGUCUCCAUUACUAUUCGUAUUGUGUUUGGCUUCAUGCUUAUUGCUUUGAUAUGGAAGUUUGAUUUCUCUCCCUUUAUGGUUUUGAUUAUUGCUAUCUUGAAUGACGGAACAAUUAUGACAAUCUCAAAGGACAGAGUGAAGCCAUCACCUCUCCCUGAUAGCUGGAAACUAAAAGAGAUUUUUGCCACUGGCGUUGUGCUUGGAGGCUACCUGGCAGUGAUGACUGUUGUUUUCUUUUGGGCAAUGCAUAAAACUGACUUUUUCCACGACAAAUUUGGGGUAAAAAAUAUAAGGAACAGUGAGGAUGAAAUGAUGGCUGCUCUAUACCUACAAGUCAGUAUUGUUAGCCAGGCUCUGAUUUUUGUCACUCGGUCGCGCAGUUGGUCUUUUGUUGAACGCCCUGGGCUGUUGUUGUUAACUGCUUUUGUCAUUGCUCAGCUGGUUGCAACGUUGAUUGCUGUUUAUGCUAACUGGAGUUUCGCUAGAAUUAAAGGAUGCGGUUGGGGAUGGGCUGGUGUAAUCUGGCUUUACAGUGUAGUGUUUUAUGUGCCACUUGACUUCCUUAAGUUCUUCAUUCGUUAUGUAUUAAGUGGAAAGGCUUGGCUAAACUUGAUCGACAACAAGAUCGCUUUCACAACCAAGAAGGAUUAUGGCAAAGAGGAGAGGGAAGCUCAAUGGGCUGUUGCUCAGAGGACUUUGCACGGACUUCAACCACCUGAUGCCUCUGGCAUCUUGGACGAAAAGAGCAGCUACAGAGAACUUUCUGAAAUUGCUGAACAAGCCAAAAGGAGAGCUGAAAUGGCCAGGCUUCGGGAGCUGCAUACACUCAAGGGUCAUGUUGAGUCAGUGGUGAAGCUCAAAGGCUUGGACAUUGAAACUAUUCAGCAGCAUUAUACCGUCUGAAGAAGUUAAUGAACCCUGAGCGUGAGGGGCCUGCUGGAAAAAGAAGUGUCGAUCAGAGAAAGCAGAGAAGGCCAUAUUAGUUAGAUAAAAGUCUGUCUUGAGAAAGGGCAAUAUAUGUGCCACACAGCUCCCUUUCUGUCUACUUCAGUUUUUUUUUUUUAAUGGUUUUAGGGGUACCCAAGUAAAAAAGGGCCUCCUAGUUAUAUCUUCUGUAACACGUCUUCAACUUGAAUUUCCCUCUCACUUUUGCUUCCUUCUAUCAUCCUGGUGGGUUUUACAGUCUCUGGAUGUCACUUUUGAAUAAUGUAACUAACAGAAAACCUUCCAAUUUUCAACUCAAGAGAUGCUCUCAAUCAAAUGUUUGCAGUG